AUGGGUGCAGCAGCAUGCAAGUGUGAGGAGCGCGAUGGGUCAAGAGAAGCGGAAGAUGGCGGGAGACAGAGAGACAAGACGGUGAUAGGUAAACACCCUCAUGCACAACUGAGGCUUCCAGAUGGACUGAAGAAAGUGAACAUCCCGAACAGGAGGGCGUUUGUUCCAACUCAUAUCGCGCCCAGGGAGUUUCACACAGUUGGAGUUGAUACCUCAGAGGCGUCUCAUCGAGACAUCAAGCACAGCUCGCCUGUCAAGCUCAAGAGCUCGAACCUUCUCCAAGAAACUUCUCCGAGAGAACGUUUGAACGCGAUGAUACGAGAAAUGCAAGUUCAUAUGGAAUGUCAACAGUCACGGAUUGUUGACGGCGAUCAAAAUCAAAUGAGAAAGUCCGGGGACAGUUUACAAGUUAGGAACGUUCAACCCAUUGAUGAAUUCUUGUAUCCCAGGGUGGCAGAGCAGAACAAUGCUCAUAACAAGGAGAUGAUAGAUCGGGUCCUUUGA